CGUCGUUUAUCUCUUAUACUGCUUAAAUCUUUACUGUUAUUUAUAUUUCUGUAAUGAUGAAACAUGUCUCCGGAACAGCCAGAUAUUGUAUCCGGUAGCGAUUUCAACGAAAUCAACCACUCGGUUGAUGCGUUCUCGCUGCUGUUAAUUAUUCUAGUAGCCGUCUUUUGGGGCGCUACAAAUCCGUUCAUACGACGAGGUACACUCGGCUAUAACAACAUCAAAUCAAACACAAAGUUGGGACAACUUUGGUUGGAGUUGAAGUUCCUGGUUUCACGCUGGCAGUAUCUUCUAGCGCUGGCCAUCAAUCAGUGUGGAAGUGUCAUUUAUGUAUUUGCACUUCGGCGGACGGAACUAUCGCUGAUAGUUCCGAUGUGCAAUUCGCUUACGUUUGUAUUCACCGCUGUGGCUACGAAAUUGCUCGGGGAACAGAGCGCUGGUUGGAAUUAUUUUAUUUUAGAAACGUACCUUGGAAUGAUGCUUGUCAUAUCGGGAACAACGUUAUGUAGCAUAGAGAAAAUAAUGUGAUAUUAAAACGUUUUUAUUAUUAGUUAGAUAUGGUUUAGAAAUAUUUGUUGAAAUUUAAAACGUGUUUACUGUCCACGAUGAGGGGGGAGGGGUUUAGAUUAUGUCCACGUGGACACGUGAAAUAUUUGAAAAAAUCUCAUCAAUCCAUCAAGGAAUGACAGAGCAAUAAGCGUUUGAAAUUGGACAUUUUUCACGAUGCGAUCGAUUUUCGUUUUUCAAUUUGUACCCCCAAUGUGUUCCCGAAAGACGUAAUCCUACGUCAAAAACUAUCAUUUUUGCAUUCAACAAUACGUGAAAUCUGUUCUGCAUUUCCAAGAAAGGCCAUAAAUCUCAAUAAAAAGUUGAUGGGUCUGAGCCUAGGGGCAGGGACGGGAUCUUGACAUAGGACUGUAAUUGUGUGUAGUAAUUGCAUUUAAAUU